ACCCGCCUAGGCGUUUCGUAUUUAGGGCGUCAAGUGCCUCGUUGGUCUAGCUGUCGCAAGUGCUACUGCUGAGCACGAGGUCUCGGGUUCGAUUCCCGGGACGGAAACUUUCACAAAGCAGUCCAGAGUUUGGAGUUGUUGUGUGCCACAUGGAGGGACUGCCUAUCUGAUCUCUUCAACCCAGUUACUUGGGCAACCCGAUAACCGUUGGUAAGACUGGUUGUCAGACUUUCUGGCUUCUGGCUACCAGACCCUGGACAUUAAGUUGAAGAAGGAAGUCUCCCAGAUCUCCUGGCCUCAGGAUCCCAUCGCUGAUGUAAUGGUCUCAUGUACGGAUGGCACUACCUAUAGAGCGAAGAACGUUAUCGUUACCGUGUCUUUGGGAGUGCUGAAGGAGAGACACGCAACAUUAUUUACGCCAGGGUUGCCACAAGCAAAAAUAACGGCCAUAGACAAAGGUUUAACACUCGGUUUGAUAGGCAAAAUUAUACUAAGAUUCCCCGAGAAAUUUUGGGAGGAGGGCAAACAGAAUUUUUAUUUGUUUUGGGAUAAGAGGGAUAAAGAAGCGAUGGGGGACGAUUGGGGGAGACAGUUGGUUCAGGUUUCUUUCCCUAUGGGGGCCAGUAACGUCAUGACAGUAUGGACUAAGGGGGAUGUAGCUAAAUUGGUUAGUAUAGCAAUUAGGGAUGUGAAUGGGGGGUCAAAUUGCUUACGAAGAUACGAAUUUGCUUUUUGCGAUUCGAAUGUAUGGGGCUCUAGUUUCUAUGGUCGAGAAACAAUUGGUUUUGCUUACGAACGGUAGAAAAAAACCUUAAAAUUAAAGUAAGAA